ACCGACAUGAAAUGUCAACAAUUUUUCGUUAGUCGCAGCGCUUGAGGAUGUAGUCGACGUUUGGAAACUUUUUGUUGUAGUUUGAUAAAAAUGUCAACAACCAAAAAUUUCUACACUCAAGAUUUACCACCAAAAGGAGGGUACAACCCUAUUCAAACCUCACGAGUCGCCCUUCGUAGAAUUUUAACUCCUGCUGUCGCAUCAGGAUUAACAAUCGCAACAACCGUCGUUGGUGGUAUUGGAUAUUUUUUCAAUUAUAGGUAUGCACGGAGAGAUCAAGUUGAACUGAGAAGUGCUAAAUUGGCAAUUAUGCCUAUGCUCCUUGCAGAAAGAGAUCGAGAAUUUCUCAAGCAAGUAAGAAAGAAUCGUGAUGAAGAAGCUCGUCUUAUGGCAGAUUAUCCCGGAUGGGUGGUUGGAACAUAUUUCGGAGAACCAGUGUUUAAAAAUGAACCAGAAGAUAAAUUUAUUUCACCAUCUUAUGCUGAAUAUAAUAUUCACUCUUCAGUAAACGACCACAGUGAACGCACUUUUCGAACUUUAGUUAUGUAAUAUAACUUAAAUUUAAUAAACCCAUAUUUUUUGUUAGACAUAAACUUGGUAAUGCAGUAUCAUGUAUAGUAAAAUAAUAAAAGUCUAUCUGUUUAACGA